AGACCUGUGCCAGCUGGGAAACACAUGGACCAUCCUUGUUGCUUUUCUCUUUUCAGUAAGAGGUCCUCCCCUUUGCCAGUGUGGAAUCUUUGAAGCUGUGCGGAAGUCCUAAGUGGAAAAGGGGAGUAGCAGUUUACUCAGAGGGAAGCUAUUUAUUUCCCUGGCUGACGUGGAGGGAGCGCCGGCUGGACUGUGGGCACCGUGAUCCGCGGAGACAGGAGGACAUAGGCAGCGCUGACCUGUCUGGAUUUUUUUUUUAAAUAUAUAUACACAAAUAUUCACCAUAGAACCAUUUUCUUCUAGCAGAGCUCAUUGUGGUGGGCUCUUUAGUUGAAACAACCCCUCAUCCAGCGAUGUCAGCUGUGAAUGAUCUACCGGCUCUCUAAUUUCUCAGCCACCCGCCCUUAGAAUAAAAAUCCUGGCUGUAAGAAAAAAACAAAACUCUGCAGCCGUUGUCUAAAAGCUGGGAUUUACACUUUACCAUGUCUUGACGUGGAGGGAACGAUCUAAAGAUGAUGACAGAUUAUCGGGAGGAUGGUAUGGACCUGGGGAGUGAUGCAUCCAGUCGCUCCAGCUCAGAGUCCAACUCCAACAAGGUUACACCUUGCUCUCCUUCUCUUGAUCUCGGAAAUCUGGAGGACUACAAAUCCUCCCCCUCUCCAGAUCUGGGCACUCUAGAUGACUAUGAGGAGGAUGAGGACUACCAGGAGUACAAAAAGAAGGUGAUAGAGGAGUGGGAAAGCGAAUAUGGAGAGGACGACACGUCUCCACAGCCUCCUGGUCAGGAAGAAAGCACACAGGGUGUAGUGAGCGGUAGUAGCCUUGAAGAAGGCUACAGGAAGGUGGUGAAUGCUCGCAGUCUUGCAGAGGAAUUUCAGGAUGUAAAGACCAUCCCUCCCCUACCGGCCCCAGGAGGACGGAGCACAGCUUCUGUGCCAGCUGUCCCACAAGAACUGAAACAGAACGGGAAUCUGAUUUUGCCCCAGAGUAACCAGCUCCACUCCUCUAACCUGGCCGAGGGAGGAACAGACACUUCCAAAACAAGCCACCGCACCCCAAGUCAGGGCAGGGGGAGCCGCAGCAGUGUCCGGGGUGGUGGAGGAGGAGGAAGUGGAGGAACUGGUGCUCUGAUGCGGGGGUACAGAGAGGAAGAGGAAAGGGAAGAGGAGGAACCCCUGCCCACAAUGGAUUGGGCAGCCCUGGAGCGGCACCUGGCUGGUCUGCAGUGCAGAGAGCAAGAGAACCAAAACCUAAACCACAACCAGAACCACAACAUGGGCAAGACCAACUACACCUCGGCCCAGAAGAAUGAGAGGGAAUCGAUCAGGCAGAAGUUGGCCCUGGGCAGUUUCUUCGAUGAUGGCCCGGGUAUCUACACAAGCUGCAGCAAGAGCGGUAAACCCAGCCUGUCUUCACGGCUGCAGAGUGGCAUGAACCUACAAAUCUGUUUUGUCAAUGAUAGCGGCAGUGACAAAGACAGCGAUGCGGAUGACAGCAAGACGGAAACUAGUCUGGACACACCUCUGUCCCCCAUGUCCAAGCAGAGCUCGUCCUACUCAGACAGAGACACCACUGAGGAUGACUCAGAGUCCCUGGAGGACAUGGACUUUUUGAGUCGACAGAAGAAGCUGCAGCAGGAGGCGAAGCUAGCUCUGGCGAUGGCCAAGCCUAUGGCCAAGAUGCAGGUGGAGGUGGAGAAACAGAACCGUAAAAAGUCACCAGUGGCGGACCUGCUUCCACACAUGCCUCACAUAAGUGAGUGUCUAAUGAAACGAAGUCUGAAACCCACCGACUUGAGAGACAUGACACUGGGGCAGCUUCAGGUUAUAGUCAAUGACCUCCACUCCCAGAUUGAGAGUCUGAAUGAGGAGCUUGUACAGUUGCUACUGAUUCGAGAUGAAUUACACAUGGAGCAAGAUGCAAUGCUGGUUGACAUUGAGGACCUCACCAGGCAUGCAGAGAGCCAGCAGAAACAUUUGGCUGAGAGGACCCUAGCCAAAUAAGAUGCCCGUCCCAUCUCAUCCCGUCCUGCUCUGAUCCGUUUCCCCUUUGUCAACUUUAACCCUGAUCCUAAACAAACUUUCCCUAUCUGGGUCAUUUCUCUGCUCCCUGUGUCUAUCCAAAACCUCCUUGCCUGUCAAAAGUACUUUCUCCUCUUCCCUUCUUCCCCCACUUCCUGAUGCUUACCCUCCUGCCAACUCACUGACUUCACUGGUAGCAACAACACAGAAGAAAAGACACUUUCUUUAAACGGUUUCUCCCAGCAAUGAAGGACGGAGCAGUGCUUCCUACUUCCUGGGGAAGAGGGAAACUGAUUGUGUGUUGUCAUAGAUUCUUUCCACCAGGCUUCCUGUGCAGUAAUCGGCCUUGCUUUGCUACUGUUUCUUUUCAACUUUCUACAUUUGCCACUAAAUUGUAACUGUUCAAAUGCAACAAAAAAAAAAUGUGGAAAAAAAUAAAAAACAAUAGUUAAAACUUUAGUAGAAAGUCAGUCCUGAAAAGAAAAAAAAGGAAAAUACUGUAUGAAAAUAAAACUUAAAACUAACUUCUUCAGAUGAUUUUAAGUUGGACUCAAAGUUGAACUGUUUUUAUUCUGCACAAAUGGUAGUAUUCAACUGAGAAAUGUUUGUCCGAAAGUGUAAAGGACACAUGCCUGCUUUGUAGUGGAGUUGUAGACUUUGGUUGUACGUUCACUCUGAAUUGCUCUAUCAGCAUUUUGUGAAUGUUGAAUCUUUCUGACACAAGUCAUUUCAAAUGAUUAAGUGUGUUAAUAUGAUUUUCAUCCUGCUGUAUUCAGAUGCUUUAUUUGAGGGAAGAAAUGUUUAUGUACAGAUAUGUAAAAUAAAGAAUAAACUUGGUUUCGUA